AAAAUUAUCAUUGGGUGGCAACGCAAGACCAACGCUGCUGGAAAUUUAGUAAAAUAAGGAGAAAAUUCAUUACAACGUUAAUUUUUGAAAAUUGGUGAAAAUCUUCGAAUUGUUCUAGAUAACAAUUGCUAAUCUUCAAACUACGGCAUCCAUAUUAACCAAGUAUCAUAAAGCUUGCAACUAAAACACGAUAUAUUUUUAUAAAGAGGAGCCGUAACAGCGAGGUGUUUCGGUGUAUCACAGCGAUUUUGUUUGUUAGUCUUAUAUUCUAAGAAAAUAAGAAAAUUCGGUAAAAUAAAAAUAGGAUUUCUAUUGGAAGCAUAAAAACUAAAGCAGGAUAAUUGGCAUAUAGCCAUUCAGCAUCGAGACAUCGUACCGACGACAGACGGCAAGUCGGAAAGUGGAAGAGAGCAAAAACGAGGAAUAUUUAGAACAAGCCCGUCUGUCGAAUCAACGGCACCAUGGGUGAAAUUAAAUCGGUUAAAGUGGACAACUGGGGUGUCUUCUUUCUUCAAAAGCUGCAGAAUUUUUUUAAUAAAACUGACUACUGUGACUUGACGUUGCAAUUUCGAGACAAUUCCCAGCUUAAGGUGCAUCGUUUGGUUCUAAGUGCCUGUACCGACUACUUUAAUGUAUUGGAACAAACAUGUGAAGUGGUAGACGAUGCCAUUAUUAUGCCCAAUGGCCUGCAGGCUGAUGUGGUGGUACCCAUUGUAAAUUUCAUGUAUACUGGAACACUUGAGUUCGAGUUGAAAAUGUACAAUAGGCUUUUACGCACAGCAAAAGAUAUGAACAUGACUGUAUUGCUAAAACUGUUGGAAGCCCAUCGGCGCACAAUGGAGAUGCAUCCACAAAAAAAUCAGGCGCCUACAAGCCCAAAAACUAAGCGUAAAAUAAUUCCAACUAAUUCCGGACCUGGCGUUGCAGCACAUGCUGGAGGUCGUUCAUUAAUCCAACCUCAAAACAAGCGUAUUAUGGUAACUGGUAAUGUCCCACAAAAUCGUGUUGGACCAUCGAGCGCCCAUUCACGUAUAGCUGCCGGCACUUCUGGCCACGGAAAUUUGCCGGUGAAGCAACAAAUUGGCUCUACAACCUUCACUCGGAUAAAACAGGAAACAGAUUCGGACAACAAUGCGAACAAUUCUUCCGGGGGAUAUACACUUUUAAAAAAACCUUUACAACCAACUGCGCCAGCAUCGCCUUUCGAACAACUUCGCAAGGGAUAUAAUAACAACAAGAGGCCAGCAACAGCAACUUUUGUUUCCCCUCCAGCUAAAAAGCCUAACUUGGAGGAUGUCAAAGAAUUUGCUGAGCAACAGAGAAUGAGAAAACAAAUUGCUGCAGAGUUUGGUGAUGAUGGGGAUUAUGACACGGGAAUUAUGGAUGAUGAUACUAUUCACAAUGACGAUGAUGAUGAUGACAUGACUGCGCCAAAUCCUAUAUCGAUAGGCCAGCAACAACAGCAAAGCUCGUCUACAGCAGUGCAGACGUCUGCUUCACAACAUCAGCAGACUGAAGAUCCUCCUGGUACUACUACAAUCAUUGUAAAGCAUGAAGGCCCAGACAAGCCACCAACUAUUGUGGUAAAAGAUAGUUCAAACUCAAAAAUGAAUCAUGCAAAAAUUAUAUCUGAAGUUUUGCGGCAGUAUCCUCAUCUUGUAAACAGCAACAAAAACAUAAAACUAAAAAUUAUGCCCAAUGCUGGAGGAAACGCACAAAAAGUUGUUGUUAAGAAAGAAGUUUGCGAUAUUGAAAAUACAACUACGGCCGCUUUAGCAGCACCACCCUCAAAGUUGUCCAUGUUACAAAAAGUGGACGCUAAAGUGUCAAAUAUUAUAGCUGUGCCCAAUAAACCCAAACAACAAGUUUUAGGCCAUACAAUGGCGAACACAGCUGCUAAAGCUGCUAACGAGGUAGCCGUAAAAAGUGUGGCUACAUCUGAACCUGUAGCUGUUUUAGCACCAGCUCAAAAACGACGCAUUGACAGUAAAACCAUGCAUGCGCUGAUUGCUUUGGGAGCUGAAAAUACAACGGGUCCAUGGCUCUGCUUGCGAUGUGGACGCAAUGGUCAUCCUAUCAGCAUUCCUUCGUAUCGUGGUUUCAGGCGUCAUCUAAUCAACACUCACAAAGAGACCAUCGACCCUGCUUUGUGUGAACAUUGCGGUUGGCGCUCAUCGAGCAAACGAGAAUUGCACUUCCACAUGCAACUCGAACAUAAAAUCAGGACAAACCUUUACAUAUUCCCAGAAUGCCAGCUAUGCAACCAAAUGUGUAUAGACAGUGAUGCUUUGAAUCAACACCUGAUUGACAGUCAUCCAGAUGAAAAUAAACAACAGUGUAUUUACUGCAAUAAGAUAUUCCCUGAAGAAUUGCAGUUGUACACACACAUGAAAACUUUCCACAAAAAACAAGCUUUGGAAGAUGGUAUUAUCGACUAUUCUGACGAUGAGAACGCUAAUACAGGACCAAUAUUCCCUCCGCCUGAAGAUGAGGAAAUGCUAAUGGAGGAAGAAGUUGAGGCACAACAACAACCUGAGAAAAAAAUUAAAAUUCUAUCAGAUAUAAGCUUGUCCAUUGCCGGUUCCAUUAUGAAGGCAGAUACCUUUUCUGCCGCAGUGGAAUCCACAACAACUUUGCCAUCUGAGGAGUAUCUGCAGGAACAAGAACAUGUUGAAACUAAAUUUGUGGCUGCUGAUGGAAGCGAAGUAAUUCUAACUGCGGAGCAACGUAAAGAAAUUUUAUCGCAAUUAAACCAAGAAAAUGAAGGGUCUUCUGGCGUAGUUAUGGUUUUAAAUGAAAACCAACAAUUUGUCGGAGGAGAAACUCAAUCGGAACAGGGCGCCAUAAGCCACGAUGAAACGUCCCAGGCAACAUCAGCAACCAAUGAGGAACCCGAUGACAGCCACAUCUAUCAUGAACUAAAAUCUCAAACUUCAGAAGCUAUUGAAGAAGACACUGCAAGUCAGUCAGAACAAGAUGCUGGGGAUCACCAUGAAGGUGGAGAACAGGAGGAUCAAGCACAGGAGGAAAAAAUGCAGCACGAACAUUUAGAUGAAAGCAAGGAAUCUAUCGACAAUUUAGAAUGGGCAGAGAAUUUGGUAUCUGAGCACGACAUGGCUGAUGUUUCUUCAAAUCCUGCUGAAAUAGUAUGCGGAGGUGACCCUGCUACUAAAGAAGAGGAGCAACCGAGAUACGAAGAAGAGAAAAGCCAAGAUGAAAUCAGUAAGAAACUAAAAGAGUUAGCAGGAGAAUGGUCCGAAGAUGAGGAGGAGGACAUGCCGGAAGACGUCAUACCAACCGAAAAACCGAGGGAAAGUGAAGUCUUAGAGAAGGCUCAGCCUCCGGAAGAAGAAGUUAAUACAUCUGCAUUAAGCGAAACUGAAAAAAUUAUGGAAGACAUUACUGUAAAUACCAAACAAAUUAGUGAAACAGAGAAGCAAAAAGAAGAAACAGCAGAAGAAGACACUCAAAAAUCACAUAUGGAAAAAGAAAUCCCUAAAGGAACGGAAACUGAGAAAGCAUCAGUUGAAGAAAGCGACGAUGAUGAUGUCGAUCUAGCUCUUAAGAAUCUUCAUAGUGAAGACCACGACGAUAAACAACAAAGCCAAGGAAAUGUUGAAAAUAAACCAGAAGGCGAUGAAAAAAGUAUUGCUGAAACUGUUGCGCAGCACGAAGGUGAGGAAGAAUUAAAAGAUGAAGACGCACAGGAAGUGCGUGAAAGAGAUACAACAGAGGAGUCAAACAAAGAGAAAAGCGUGGAAGUUAAAACGCCGUGUGGAGAAGACACCGAAAGUGAUCCGAAAGAAGAGAAAAACGAAGCGGCCCAGGAUAGCAAUGCAGAAACCAUAACGGAUAAAAAGGAAGUAAGCGAAGUUAAAAACGAAGCGGACACCGAAUGUGGCAGAGAAAGUCGGUCCACAAGUGAAGAAAAGCCUGCAGAUGAUGAAUUUUUAGAUAUUACACCCGAAAAAGUACAGGAUGAUAAAGGUGAAGACAAUUCUGCUACUGCAACCACCCCGAAAGACCCCGAGGAGGCCUCAAACUUAGAAUCUAAAGACGUUAAUCCAACCACUUCUGAAGAUCGCGUCAAAAGCUUAAUAAGCGAGUGGGGCGAUGACGAUGAUGAGGAAGAAAAUGACACCGAGGAAAAGCCUAAUCCAUAAACGCAAUUUUUUUUUACUUUGUAAGUAAACGUCAGUCUUAUAUUUAAUCCCUUUCACUAGAUUUCUAUUUCUUUUCGUAUAUAUACUAUGCAGUUUUAACCGCAUCGAUUAGUUUGCCAUAAGUUUCGAUACUUUUCUCAUAUCUGGCCUGUUAUUUAAUUUAAGUAUUAUUUGUAAUUGGCGAUAGACUACUCCUUUUCACCCAUUAUACGCAAUAAUAAAAACGUAUUAGAUAUAAAUUAACAUUAAGGUUCUUGAAUAUGCGAAACCUUAUUAUUUAUAUUCACAACAUUUGAAUUGAUUUUUAGGUAAAGAUGAAAUCUUUGUUAAACAUUUCUCGCAUUAAUAAACAUCUAACAAUCCCA